AUGAUUGAAAAUGAAAAUUUUGGAGAAGAUGAAGAAGAAAUGAAAUCAUUCAAUGACAUAUAUAAUGAAUUCAGUAGUAAAAAUGGUUAAAUUAAAACUUAAAAAGCUCUUGACAGAUUUGGUAUAACGUAAGUAGGUGAAUGCAAAUUUAAAAACUUUGAUGCAAAAUUUUAAGCUAAAGGAGGAAAAAAGAAAGGCUAUAGAAUGGCUAAUUUUUAAGCAUCAUCUUAAAUAUCAAAUUCUGGUUUGUAACAGUCAAUCUAAGCUAAUCAUAACAAAAUUCCAAAACCUAAUUAGCCUAAAAUAAAAAAGAAUCGAAAAUUUUUGUAAAAAUUUAUCAAGCAUAUAUUCAAGUAUCACAUUUAUAGCAAAGAUCAAAGGCUAGCUGACUCUAAAUUAAGUCUAAGAAUUUAUGCUCUAAUCAUGUCUUUCAAUCUUAACAACCAAAAUAAUUACUACUUAACUCACUUUGUACUCUUUCGAUUUUUCAACUCUCUUGAAAAAGAUAAUUUUAUUUCAAGAAAUCAAAAGUUAGUGCAUAAGAACUUCUUUUAAAACGUUUUAAGCAUCAAAAAUUAAAAAGACGAUCAAAUUUUUCAGAUACAGCUUCACCAAAUGCUGGAUGUUAAUAGACUUUAAACUAAAUUUGAGAAUAAGCUUGAAUAUAUUUCCGAUGAUAUCUCAAAAUUUUGGUUAUCACUUAACUAAAAUAAGGAUAAUAAAAACAUAUUUCAAAAUGGUCUUAGCAUCUCAAGCAAUAUCAUUGAGAUUAUGGAGCUCUAUGAAGAAAUUGAGUAGAAGUAAGGCGAAAAAAAAGAACCUAAAAUAUAUUACUAAAUGUCAUUAUUCUACAAGUUUGUGAUUUUUAAACUAGAUGAGCAUGCUCAUGAGAUACAAAAACUGAGAAUAUCUUAAUAAAAUAUGAAAUUCGCAAAUAAAAAUAAAUAUCAAGAUUUUGAAGAAAAAGGCCUACUUAUUUGCAAUUUAAACUUAAAGAAACCAAUGGAAAUAAACUUCAUCAAUAAAUAAUUUUGCAGAAUGAUUGAUUACUCUCAUUAAGAAUGCUAAGGAAUGUUAAUAAACCAAAUUAUGCCAAUUUACAUCUCUGAAAAUCAUUACACAUUUAUUUAAAAGUUCUUUUAGCACGGAAAAAAUUAAAUGAUAAACAAUAGAAGAGAACUUUAUAUAAAAAAGAAAAGCGGAUAUAUAAUACCAGUCAAAACAUUUUUAUCGGUGCAUCAUAACAAUUUAGAAAGCAUGAUUUUUAUGGCCGAAUUUAUUAGGCAGCCAAUUUUAUUUGAAGAUAUGAAUGAAGAAGUAGAAAUGGGUAUUGUUUUAGCAGACGAUAACCUAUACAUAUACGAAGUUAAUGAAAAAUUUUACUAAAUGACAUCACUUACUGCUACUGCUCUUCUAGAUUAUCGCUAAACAAAUGGCUCAUAACCAACUCUUGAUGAUUUAUUUUAUAUAGAAGGGGACCCUCAAGAUAUUAAAACAUAUUAUAGAUAAGGGAUAAGGGAAUUCGAUAUUAGAUUGAAAAUUGAAAACACAAUUAAUAUUCUAAAAAUUGAAGAUAGAGUUGAUAAUCAUUAUAAUUUUGGGAAUCAGCCUGAAACAAGCUAUGACAGAACUCAAAGGAUUUUAAUGCAUCUUAGCAAUCUUUAUCUUAAUAUGAAAAUACACGAGAUCUUAUUAAAAACUGCCAAAUUAAAGCUAUUAGUCAUAGCUUUUAGGCCAAAUCUAACCCCAAAAAAUAUUUCUGAUUAAAAUACUGAUUUGUAUAUAGGAAACAAAAGUCCUUAUGAGAUAAAAGAGUUUAUGGAAGUCAAUAAGGGAAGUUUAAAACAAAACGGGCUUUUAGAACAAGAUAUCAUAGCUAAAUCUCCUUAAGAUUAAAGUAUUAAUGACUUUGAAGGAUUUGACUAAUCCUCAUAAACUUCAACUACUACCUCAAGUAGCUAAUCUAUAAUGCAAAAAUUUAAUUAGUAAUCAUAAACUUUAAAAAGCUAAAAAAUACCUUACACUUUGAAAUUUAUUUUGCAACUUUUCGUGCUUCUUAUCAUACUAAUUACUGCCACAAGCACUGUGUCGGUAUAUUUAAGCUAUAGUAAUUUCUAAGAUACAAAACUUGGAAUUUAGAUAAGCAAUUUAUCUUUGAAGAGGUCUAACCUGAUUUCUCAAUCAAGACUAUUAGUAAGGCUUAUAUUCAAUAUUGGGCAGAAUUAUUCGCCAUCUCGGAAUCAAUUGCUGCCUAAAAGAUUAGACUUUUACUUAGAUUAGCUUGAAAAAGUUGUUGAGGAUUUACGAUAGCAGCAAAUAUAGAUAGACUUUAAAGAUUAAUCGAUUGAAUAAAGCUUUGAUAAAAUUAAACUUUAUUUCCUUUCGGCCUAAAACUAACAAACAAUCUAAGAGAGAUCACUUACUUAGUCAGUUAAUAUAUAUGUUGAUUAUGGAGAUGAAAUUGUUUAACUAAUAAGAAAAUAAGGAACUUCAAUUCUCAAAAGCAAAUUAUCAUACUUUAUGGUUCUAAAUGAUGAUAUAAACGUAGCUACUUAGGUGGAGAGACAAGGAUAUUUCUUAAUAACAAAUGGAAACUUAGAUUUAUAUUCUAAGGUAAUUUAGUACUCAAACGACUUUAUAAGUUAAAAGAUUUAAUCAAUUGGCAAUAAAGAGGAGUUUCAAAGCAUCAUGACUUGGAUAUGCAUUGGAAUAAUUGGAGUUUCGACUUUAAUUAUAUUACCUCUUGCUGGAAAAAUAUAAGAUAGAAUUGCAUUUUUAAUGGCAAUAUUUUUCAGUGUCAACUAAGAAAUAGUUUAAAACAUUGUAGGAUCAAUUAACAAAUUUCAGAGUAUAAUUCAAAGCUAAAAAGAAGAGGUAGUAAAGAAAGAUAAUUCUUUGACUUCAACUGACCAAAUUAAUAUAGAGCAAAAACUUUUAUAAAAAAACUCAAAAAGCCUCCAAAAAAAGGAAACAAAUAUAAAGAGCUUCACAAGGUCAAACUCAUAAAUUUCUGCUAUAGACUAGGAAGAAGAAAAAUCCUAAGUAGAAAACUACAGCGAUCCUAAUGAUAUAGAGUUAGAAAAGAAAGAUCGUAAAAAGUAGAAAAUAAAUACAGAUAAAAAAAGAGGAGUAAAAAAGCAACUAGCAGAUGAGCAAUACAAAAAGGACUAAAUUUAAUCGUUUAAAACCUACGUCAAUAAAAUCAAAAUUAUGUAGUCUAUUGGAAUUGUAUUUCUCUCUUUGAUUUUCAAUGGAUAUUUUCUUGGCACUUACUAUUAAAGCAAAUCUUACUAUGAAGAUAUGGAUUCUAGCAUUGAUAUCAUGUUUAUCGUUUUUAGCAGGCAAUCUUGCAUUGAAAAUAUCAUUCAUUCCAUGACAGAAAAGUACAUCUAAAAUUAAGAUCUACCAUUGCUAAUUAAUAAUGGGAGAGAUGAUCUGCUAGAAUAUAACCUAGAUGUUUGUUAAAAUUAUGAAAGGAGAUACUUAGAUCUUAUUAAAAAUUCAAAAUCAAAGUACUUAGACCAUGCUCAAAGUUAUCUCGAUAUGCUAGAAGAUGGAAAAUUCUGCGAUGUUUUAUUUGUGGCUGAUGCAUUAACUUAGUCUGGAGAGACAAAUGAAGCUUCUCCUGAUGAUUGCAAAGCUUAUUAUAACAAUAUAGCAGAUACUGGAUUAACAAACAUUUAUUAGACAGUCUAUAAAGCGGUUAAUCAAUAGAAGAUUACUUUCGAUAAUUUAAUUCAUCAAACACCAGCAGGUCUGCCUGAGCAAACAGUAUUAUAACUUUAUGCUCCUCUCAGUGAUUUAUUAGACACAAUAGAAGCACUUUUAGACUCAGAUGUAUUCAAAAAGCUUAAGAAGUAAAUGCUUUUGUCAAAUAGACUGUUAUAUAUCAUUGAUUUUGAAAUUAUUUCAGAGGAAGAGAGAACAAUUAUUUCAACAUUCCUCAAUAAGUACUGA